AUGCAACUGAGAAGCGACAGUUAUCCCUCGCCCCAGGGACAACGCGUGGCGGCGGGAGAGGCGUUUUUUUACUGCGAGCACAGCCAGCCCAACGUGGAGACGUCGUAUCGCAUACGCCUCAUUUCUGGCACAUCAAACUCCGCCCUGUCGGAAAGUGUGGCAAAGUUUCUGAAUCUCUCUCUCUGCCGCACGGACAUCAAACGUUUCGCGAAUGGCGAACUGAACAUUAAGGUCAUAGAUGACGUGCGCGGCGAUGACUGCUUCGUCAUCCAACCCACGGCCGCAAAUGAGGAGACGGACCUCAAUACGUCCAUGAUGGAGCUCUUGUUGCUGGUGCACACACUGAAGCUUUCAUCUGCCAAGCGUAUCACCGCUAUCGUGCCGUAUUUUGCAUACAGCCGUCAAGACAGAAAGACAGAGCCUCGCGUGCCUAUUUCGGCAUCGGCGGUGGCGCAACUUAUACAAUGCAUGGGUGUGGAUCGAGUGGUGACGCUGGACCUGCACUGCGGCCAGAUCCAAGGCUUUUUCCGGAAUAUGCCCGUGGAUAAUCUUCUCAUGUUUCCUGAAUUCGCGACAUAUAUAAUGAGACAGCCGUGGUUUGUAAAGGAGAAGACGGUGGUGGUGUCGCCCGACGCGGGCGGCGUGGAACGUGCCAAUGUCUUGGCAGACCGCAUCGGUGCCAGCCACAUCGUAACAAUCCUUAAGCGACGCGUGGAGGCUGGCAAAGUCGACUCCAUGCAGACCGUCGGCAACGUCGACGGCUACACUUGCAUCAUCGUAGACGACAUGGUGGACACGGCGGGCACCCUCUGCAAGGCGUGCAACCUGCUGAAGGAGAUGGGGGCGGUGCGCCUGGUUGCCUGCGCCAGCCACGGCAUCCUAACGGACCCGGCGUGCGAGCGCAUCUCCAACUGCGAAGCACUGAGCGAACUCGUCGUGUCGGACUCCAUCUCGCAGCAGGCCAACUCGCAAAAAUGCAGUAAACUGACGGUGCUCACCAUAGCACCACUGCUCGGGCGGGCCAUCGACAACCUUCACCGCGAGGCAUCGCUGUCCUCCCUCUUCUUAAAGGGGAGGGACUCCAAAUAG